AUGAAUAGACUGGGUCUUCUAGCGCAAACUGCCUACCAUAAUUUUUCUCUAAAAAUAAGAAAUAAAAAAUUAAAUAACGAAAAAAAUAAGCUCUGCAUUAAAAAGGGUCUGCAAGUAGGCAGCUUGCGCUAG